AUAUAUGACGCAGUUACCAGACGCUUGGGUGAGGAGGAAUGCAGUCCAGUACCUCUGCUGCGCAGAGCUGGCAAGUUGCUUUGUGAGCGAAAAGUCACAUCAGCAUUUUUCCCUCUUACAGCCUCCGUUUGCUGUUAAGGGGUCCUUUCCUUUAUUUGGAUCUGACGGGACUCUGCAUAGGUUAAGCUACUUCAGCUGACGUGUUUCGCUGUCGGUUAUUAUACUGCUUGGGCAUUGAAAUAGUCAUUGUGACGCAGGGAUUCGUAGGGUAUAAGAUUUUAAAAGAGUUAAAAGAAAGAUGACGACGGAACUCAACGUGGAUCUGGGGCUGCAGAACAGCCAUUUGGGACUGGGCUGCGUUAACAACUUUGACCUAAUGAAGUUCGACGUGAAGAAGGAGUCUCUUGUCGGGCUGGAGCGUUCUUCUACGCGGGAGUGCAACCGACUUACGUCCACGGGCUCCGUGUCCUCCACCCCGUCCAGCACACCCUGCAGUUCGAUACCUUCCUCGCCGAGCUUCAGUCCAACGGAUCAGUCUACGCAGCUGGAGGAGCUGUACUGGAUGCCCGGGGGCGGCUAUAACCAGCAUAUUGAUGCGCUGAUGUUGGGUCUCACACCAGAGGACGCAGUGGAAGCUUUGUUUGGCGCCGGGGCCCACGGGCAGCUACCACCUGCCCACACCCAGCAGCACCUCCAGCGAGCGGAUUUCGAAGGCUAUAGAGUGGCAAGCAAUCUCCACGGUCACGGCCAUGCCCCACAGCACCACCAGCAUCCGUAUCUGGGGAUUCCCAAUCACUCAGACGUUCUGUCGGGUCACCCAGGCCAGCCUCACCCUCACCACAACCAGAGCCCCAACAGCCCUUCUCCAAGUUCACCCGAGCCGCUCCAUCAGUUCCACCACCAUCAGGGCCACGGCGGGGUCACUGAUGCCGGCCUGGAUGAUCGCUUCUCAGAUGACCAGCUGGUGUCCAUGACCGUGCGGGAGCUCAAUCGGCAGCUGCGUGGAUGCGCCAAAGAUGAGGUUGCCCGUCUGAAGCAGAAGCGACGGACCCUGAAGAACCGGGGCUAUGCGCAGUCCUGCCGCUUCAAGCGCGUGCGACAGAAGCAUGUUCUGGAGCACGAGAAGACUAGCCUGGUAACUCAGGUGGAGCAGCUGAAGCAGGAGCUCACCCGGCUGGCCCACGAGAGAGACGCCUACAAACUCAAGUGCGAGAAACUGACCGGUGUGAACGAGUUUCGUGAGGCAGGGUCCACAAGUGACGACCCGUCCUCACCCGAGUUCUUUGUCUGAACACUUAGGCUAUGUUUUUGUCUGAACACGUUCGUUCAAAAAAGAUUCAGAAGAGAAUGAUGAUGAUUAUGACCGGUGCUGAGGUCAACUGUAUUAUCAGCAAAUACUUUAAAAUUAAUAAUCGCAUAUAUUUUAAUAUCUCAAUUCAGCUGUUAUCUGGUAUAGGCCCUGUCGUUGAAAACGUUCCAUUAACAGCGGCGUAUCCUUAGGUUAUCGUUGCCCAGUGUGGAAAGAAUGUUUAUUUUUAUCAUUGGGCACAUAAUUAAUAUGGACCUGGACAUUUGCAUACCUGUGCAAGCCAUUGGAAGCUGGGCGUGAUGUUGGUCAAAUUUCCCAAACAGAAAACAACGUGACUUGCACCAUCAGCGUCACUCUACAUUUCCCUCCUAAUACUACGGACUGCACAUGUGCCUUGCUUGCAAAUAGCUAGAUGAAUUUGGGAUUUUUUUGUGGAAUCUCGUUAGGUUUAUAGGCCAAAUCUUUAAAUUGCGUUAACAUACUAAUCAUGCAUGCUGGACAUGUAUGGGGAAAAAAACAUAUUUUGUAUUAGUUUUAUCAUUUAUCUGGAACGCAUGCAAGUGUAGGCGAGUUGAUCUCAGAUCAUAUUGUGUCGGGGUUAUAGAAUUAUAUUUUAAUCUUUGUUCAUGUAGCUAGUAGGCCUAUAUGUAGCCUAGCUUGAAAAUGUAGCCUACAUUUUAAAGUGGGCAAAUUCGUUUGUGGUCUGAUAUUUUUAUUGCACCAAAUUAGGCCAAGUCUGUAUUGUUAGGCAUAUUAAUACAAAAUAUAUAGCCUAUGCGGCGCUAAAAGAUCAAAUGCAGUUAUAUAUGUAUAGGUUAUUGUCGCCACUUAUAGCCUACAUUUACGCUCCAUAGACUGGAAUGUUUUUUCUCUCUCUAUCUCUCAAAACAGCUGAUAGACUAAAAGAGCUGUUUCGUAUAUCCCAGUUUUGUUUGAGAUAUAGGCUAUUUUAAUUUAAACUUUUCUCUCAUGACACAUUGGUUAGACGCGGGGCGGUAUAUACCAAUGAAUUUUUUUCUGUCUGUAAGGACAUUUACUGCGUAACGCAUCUUUUGUUAUAGAAUCGUAGUGUCAGUAUCCAGACCUCAAAUUUCAAGGACAUAUCACUUGGUGAAUUAUCAGUAAUACGAGCCUUGGUGUCAGUGCGGUUCGCAGUGAAUGGUGAACAAAGCUCCCUUGGCUGAAGUUGAACACACAGACUAGGCUACUUCUUUUUAUGUACAAGUAUCGUUGUUCCCUUUUUCUGCUGGUCAGUUGGAAAUGAUUCUGUAUUUGAAAGUCUGAUAUUAAAAUAUACAUGACGUAGGCUUACGUUUAUAUUUUAUGAUUAUUCUAUUUGUUGUUUUAUUACUCGGGGGUUCUGGUUCUGCUGGCCAGACACCUACAGUAGACUUAUUUUUUAUUUUUUAUUUUUUAUUUUUAAAAAUGUUUUAAAUGAACAUAUUUUCCAAGUAUUGACGAGUUGUGUUUUUAACCAUCACUGGUUUGCCACUGAUUCAACUGUGUUGAAAUCAGGUCUGAGCUGCAGCUGCGGUCGUUAUUUUUAAUUCGAUUUAUUUUAAAAGGGAAGCAACUUGUGUUUUAUAUGAAUGGGAAAGGGGAUAAUCGAACGUUGCUUGUGAUGAUUUAUUGUGAUUCAGACUGGUUUCUGUUGCAUUUCAUGUUUUAUUGCUUUUUUGGGGGGGGGGGGGGGAUUUCACAUUUUAAAUAUUAAAGCCAUUGAAAUGUAAUUUGUCUGUCUGUUUGUAUUUUUGUAUUUUUGCUGUUCUUUCACUGGCAUCAUCGUGUCAGCCCGGAGAAUUAACCAAGCUUUUCUGAACAAUUGAAUAGCCUAGUCAACCUCGCGCUGCUGGAAAGCUCACGAGUCCCCUGCCCCCACCAUCGCACACGUGACACUAAUAUGCUGACAAAGACAUUGGUUGCGGAAGCGUCAAGGGAAGCUACGCAGUUUUAAAGUAAGUUAAAGUUCAGCGAUCACCGAGCCACACCAAGUACUGUUUCGCCUCGUGACGAGCGUCUAUUUCAGCAUGCUGCUGGACAGCAUGAACGCGUUAUAAUACAGCCCGAGCAAUCUUUCUGUAUUACUGCGUUUCUGUAUUACUGUAUUAUGUGCGUAAUUUAUUACUGACAUUGUCCUUAAACCCUUAAAUUUUUUCAGUUUAAAUUUUCUUUACAGCAUUUGGGACAAUACAUUUGUGGAAAGCCAUAGUCAUCCUCACACCACAGAAGUGAGCUGUUUUAUGUUUCUUUAUUACACAGAAGAGUAAUAGUGUGCGUCCUCACAUCACAAUGGUAGCCUAUUUGCUGAGCUGUAGAUCCGCUCAGAAAGCACAUCUGGCAAGCAUAUAGCCUAUGACAGAUCUCAUGUCAUACUCAUUCCCAAACGCACUGUUUGGGGUUUAUCUCACAAAUAUGUUAUCUUAUGUCACUUCAGAUUAAUCUGGUAAUUUAAAAUAUAUUCAUAAUUUCUUUAUUUUACCCUUUUCAACAAGUUAUGUCAACUAAGAACUCAAUUAUCAUUUGGAGAAUAACUGAGGGUAGGGAAUGCAUGGGAUUGGGUAGUCAGUCAGAUAUAGGAAUGGUGAUUAGGUAGCCAGAUGCACAUAGCCAGUGUUAGGGGAAUUUGAAAAGACAACUGGGUUUACUCUUUUGAAAAGUGUAAUUGGGUCUUUAAUAAUUACAGUGAAUCAGGACCUCACCUGAUAUUAUUUGUGUCUGUCACUGCUUUGCUGUGUUGGUAUAAAUGCAUAUGCAUGUACAGUAUGUACAUGUGUGUGUGGAAAAAGAAAUACCCUUGUUUGAUUAAUGUAUUGCUAUUUAUAUUUUGAACUGUCAAAAAUCUGCAUCAAAUUGAGAUAUUUACAAUAAAUAGUGAAAACGGGA